GUGUGUGUGUGUGUGUGGGAGGGGUGGAGGUUGUGAGAGUGUUGGUGUGCCUGAGAACAAAAUCGUUCUUUCCCUUUUCAGACCAACUUCUGCUCCCCUGACAUCACUGGACUUUCCCCUUGUUUCUGAGAUAUAUAUAUUGUACUCCAUGAACACAUUCAGUACAACACGGUUUCCCACAGAUAUAACCUUCAACAGGUCUUGGGUCCAUUUAAAGUCUGGUGCUAUAAUAAUAAAUUACACUGAAGGUGAUAUUAAGAGACCAAGCACAGGAUGCAGAACUACAAGGUCGACACAGAAGCCGCUAUGGGAGAUGUUUACCAACCUACUGUGGAAGCCGUGAAGCCGUCCAGAUCUUCGAUGUGGAUGAUAGUUGGUGGUGUGGUCUUCCUUUCCCUCUGUGUGGUCGCAUCUCUCUGUUUUGCAUGGCAUUUCACGAAUAAGAAUCAAGGUGAGCUUUCCAUGAAGCUGCAAAGCACCACAAGCACAGAUCCAUCAGGUCAGCAAGAUAGCCUAACACAGAUCGCCAAGAGUACAAAGGCAGCCAUUCACCUCCAUGUUUCAGAUCGGCACCAUGAGAAAGGUUCUCCACGGUGGGCGAGUGGCAUGGACCUGUCCUUUACUAAAGGAGGUCUCAAGCUGGAGAACAACUCCAUCCUCAUUCCCCACGAUGGCCUGUACUUUGUCUACAGCCAGGCAUCGUUCAGCAUCUUCUGCAAAUCAAGUGAGGAAGAUAAUGACAGUAGCACCACACAUCUGAGCUACAGCGUUCUGUGGUCAUCGCUCACAUCACCAUCCAAAAAGAAGCGGUAUCUGCUUAGUGGAUUCAAAUCCGUGUGCCAAACCAAAACAGAGGAGCAGACAACUGGACAUCGCAUCUAUGAUUCCAUCUACCUUGGUGCCGUCUUUCAACUUUAUAAGGGGGACAAACUGUCAACGAAUACCAACCAUUUUACUGACAUCAUUGAACACAGUUCCAAAACCUUUUUUGGGGUGUUCGAGCUGUGAGAACGUUAACGGCUGCUUUCCGAGAUGGAUACUUGAUGACCAAUGUGAAGACAAAUUGUUUUAUGUUAAAACACUGACAUAAUAUAUUUCUCAGGGUGGUUUGUGAAAAUCACAUGAGGAACGUGAAAGUAAUAACUCUUGUAAACGUAAAAGUAAAUGUAAACAUGAUACAGUGUAUCAAAGUGCUGAAAGUUCUCCAUUGUACUUGCUUUAUUAUUGUGUAAUACCUAGUGUGUGUGACGUGUGUGUACUGAACUGAUAGAUAGGAGAGCACUACUCCUCUGUACUCUUCUUAGACCAGCAUGUUAAGCUUGUAUCUUAUAGCUCACUACAGAAACUGCUCAUGUCCAAAUCGAAUGUUGUAAUGAAUGCACAAUUUUUUUUUUAACUCAUUCAGUACAAGCAUUUUGUAUUUAUUAUUGUAUUAUUUGAAACAUUAUAUUAUGUAUUUAUUCAUUCAAACUCGCCUAUUUAUUAUUGUCAUUGUGUUUAUUUAAUGAAUGUGAAUAAAAUGCUUAAAAAGUGCAUGCAAGUGUACGGCAUUGUUUUUAAGCAAUACUGCAGCCUUUUUUAAGCCUAAUCUCUAUACAUCAUAUUUGUAUGUAUGAUUACAACAGACAAGAAUUUCACUUUAGCGAGAUAAGAAUGGAAAAACUCGUUACUCCAAACUUACUUAUAAUGGAAGUCUAAAGGCAAGUAUUGUUGUAGUCAAUAAACGUUGAUAACACUUUCAUUAACUUUUCAGUCAGAGGUAUUUGUACAGUAAAUCAAGCUCUAAACCUGUAUAAAACAUCCCUUCAAAGAGGUUGGUACAUUUUUCAGAGGCAAAGAUUUGUGGUUAUGCUGUAUUUAUAUAGUCCAUGCUUAUUAAACAUUGGAAGUACCUUAGUUUCAGCCUGAUGGCUUGCAGACGCCUCAAGAUCUUAGGGGAAGUAAGUAUAAAUAUGAUAUACUAUUUUGCCCCAGUCUUGAAAAGUAGGGAAAAACUACAAAAAACAGCUUUGGUAAGACUCAAUCGAGGCCAACAACUGCCAUUAACUAUUGAGGAAAACUUUUUCUGUUAUUUUCUCAGUACAGUGAGUUCUUCUUUGUUGUAAUCACACAUUUGCUACAUAGUUAACGCUUUAUUUUAAGUAACACAUAGUAGGUGUUAAAUUUAUAUCUGUUGUUUGUUCAGUACAGCCCAAAUUAGACUAGGCUAUUCACUAUAAAUUAGACUUUAUUCAUAAAUAC